AUGUAUAAUGAUUUAGUUAGCAGGGCCAACAGUCACAAUAAGGAUGAUUGUAAUAGUGAAGUUAAGAACAGAAUAAAAGAAUAUAUUACAGAUACGGAUACUGUAAAUAACAUUAUGAGAGUAUUCUGUUACAUGUAUGGAAUGAAUAGUAGUGAUGAUGAUACCGACGGAAAGUGGUGUAAAGCCACUUAUUAUUGGUUAGGUGAAACAUUAUCUGAUAAAUUGGAUGCAUUCUCUUUUACAAAUGCCAUGCAUAAAUGCUAUAAUGAAAUGAACAAUAAUCGAACGGGAAACAAGUGUAAAUUUAUGUACACUUCUAAUAAUAUGGAUGUAUUCAAAGCAUUAAAAAAAGUGGUCGACUUUAAAAAGGACGAAGCAGCUAUAAAGGAACAAUUAGGAACAGGAGUAAAGAAGAAGUGUACUGAAGGGUACCGUAAAUAUUUAGAGAAUGUAAAAAAGGCCUACAAAGAAGUAAAGGAAAAGUGUACAGAUAAACAAAAUAAAGAGUAUUAUGAGGAGUUCAAGGAAUUAUUUCCGCAUUACGUCACUCAAAAUGAAUUACAAAUGGAAUGUGUGUUAACGGGGGAGGAAGCAUUUGUGGACACACGUGAAUCCACAUUUCAAACAAGUUCCUUCCAAUCCAAUAGUACAGUUCCUGCUGCUGUUUCGUCUAUAUUUUCUAUAGGAGCACUUGGACUAGCUGCUACUUUCCUUUUGUAUAAAAACAUCUUCUCCUUUGGAAGAAGCAGCAGCAGAAAUAACAACAGAAGUAAAAGAAGGUCCGUCCGAAGGGACCUGGACCCUCUGACAGAGGACAUCUCCACAACAACAACAGACGACAAUUCAACAAUAGGAGGUUCUACUAUAGCAGAAGACUUUAACACAAUUAUAAGCAGCCAAGUAGUUUAUGAAAUGUAA